AUGUCCUUCGUGACGUAUAGCCUCGGCCAGAAAUUCACUGUUCGCUCACAUAUUCCUCCACCACCAACGACAGUGACUUACGAAUCUUGCCUUAAUCGAAACCCUGAGAAGGAGAAGCAGAACCGCCGUGGCGCGCUUCAAACAUGCCUGGACUUUCCUCCGCUGCCAGGUACUGAUGGUUCAUUUGAUGUUGAGCUAGAGAUUGUUGGGCUGCUGCGAGUGAAGGAUAACUGCAACGCGCAAUUACUCGUUGUUCUAGUCCGCGGAGCUACACCGGAAUCUCCUAAACUCCUCCCCGGUAAACGUUUUAUUGCUAAAGUGUUUGAUCCUCUCUUUGUCAAAACGGAAGGAGGGGAAGUCAAUCCAAUUCGGCUUACGGACAAGCACUAUACCCACGAAGUUGCCGCAUAUCAGAAACUAUGCGACCUCCAAGGGACUAAAAUCCCGAGUUUCUACGGAUCUUUCACUUGGGAGAUUCCUGUACGGGAGCAGGGACACGUAUCUCGCACAGUUCGCCUUAUCCUGCUGGAGUUUCUACCCGGGAUCUCAAUGGCAGAAGUCAACGCAAAACGAUUCUCGAUACAAACUCAGCAGAAUAUGAUCAAGAAGAUCAUCGACUUCGAAACUGACAUCUACGUACGAGGCAUUGAGCUUGCAGACCUGAGUCCCCGCAACGUCAUGAUGACAGACUCGACGAAUCCGACAAAGCUUCAUUUCCUGGAUUUCGGGAACGCCCUCUUCUUUGACAGGGAUAAGGAAAACAUAUCACCCCUGUCGAGGUGGGCUGACGGCGAUCUGGUAGUACCGUUCGGAUAUGACUGGAUUAAUGACUGGGACUCCUCCUUAAACUUCUACAUCAACCUCCUAGGAAUGCGCAUAAUCUUCACAAUGAACGCGGGCCCCUUCACAAUCUACUACCUAGGCCAUCCACCACCUGAUCUCAAAACCGGCGAGGAACUGGAUAACUGGGCGAAGAGGACAGCCGAGAUUCCGAAUAUGACCGCCACGGCUGGGUUAUUGGAGUUGUAUUAUGUUCAUGGGAGUGAGGGUGGUGAGGGAGGUGGGGGUAGCAAUGGUAUAUCGACUGGGAAUGUACCUCCACACCUUGGUUUUGCGCAUUUGGGCUUUACGGUGCCUGAUAUUCCUGCUGCUGUGGCGAGGUUGAGGGAGGCUGGUGUGACGAUCUUGAAGGAUGUGGGUGUUUCUUCUAGAGAGACGGUGCCGCUUUCGGAGUGGGAGCAGAGGAGGGGGGUUGGGUGUGGUGAGAUUCAUGAGAAUUAUGCGUGGUUCUUUGAAAAGUUUGCUAUGGUUGCUGAUCCGGAUGGGUAUACGGUUGAGUUGAUUCCUCAAAGUAUUUGA